GUGUCGAAUUAAGUAGUGCAAAGUGAACGCGUGUAGGUUUUGUAUACUGUAGGUGUAAAUACGCCUAUGUUACGAAUCGUACGAAAGAGCGUGGUAUGUCACAAGCUGUCUCGAAGAUUUCAUGUAACGAUCGAGCUAGCUGUCUUGUUGAGUCUUUACACGUUAGAAACGAAUAAUGGAGACGUUAUUGCCCGGCAAUACAAACAGUCAGUCAUACAGUCCGCAAUUAAAGACCGUCUUAAAGACAUAUCAGCUAUCUGCUGUGAAAAGCUUACAGGGACCGAGCUCGGCCCUGCUUGGUAUGGACUGCAAGAGCCUAUUACAAGACCAAGCACCUUGUUACUCCCCUUCAACCCGAUCGAAUAAUUGUGUCAUUGAUUCAGCAUCGGAGCAGGUCUCCACGAAAGAUAUUGAAAAAGAUCAUAACUCUUCGGUCACACCUAUAGUACCGUGUAAAGUACGUAGGACAGACCAACCGCUCGAUGACUCGGACGAGGAUCCCCAAUUAGAACGCUCAAAAAACGUUUGCGAAAAAAGGGAAUUGGAAUUUCAAAUUCCGAUAUUAACUGCGCCCGAUCAAAGUUGUUCUGAAAGAUGCGAGACUAUCUUAGAGGGUGAAAGAAUAUCCUGCUUUGUCGUUGGAGGCGAAAGGAGGUUAUGUUUACCACAAAUUUUGAACACAGUCCUGCAAGAUUUCUCUCUUCAACAAAUCAAUCAAGUCUGCGAUGAAUUACAAAUUUAUUGCUCACGGUGUACACGAGAUCAGUUAGAGGAACUUAAGCAUUCGGGAAUUUUGCCGCGUAAUGCUCCUUCCUGUGGCCUUAUUACUCAAACAGAUGCUGAAAGGCUUGUCAGUGCUUUGCUUCUAAGGACAGAAUCAUGUGAUCCCUCUCAAAUCGGUCUGGAUAAUGCAGAAAAGAAAGUGUCUAAUAAAAAUGAUAACAACGAAGAAGCCGUUGUCAAAUUCAAAGUGUAUCAUGAGUGCUUUGGAAAAUGUAAAGGCAUUUUUGAUGCAAAUUUAUUUGAGUCUGAUGAUUCAGUGUGUAUAGAGUGUAUCGAAUGUGGCUGCCAAUUUUCACCUCAACGUUUUGUCAGGCAUGCUCAUAGGUCUCUUGAAAAUCGUACCUGUCAUUGGGGCUUUGAUUCUGCAAACUGGAGAUCGUAUCUAUUACUUUCAAGGGAACAAGAAAAUCAUAGUAAAUCACUCAAUAUAUUUCGAGAAUUAAAGGAAAAACAUCUUACAUUAGGCUCCAAACGAAAAUUAGAGUUGCGGUACGAAUCAGAAAAAUUGGUUAAACGAAUUAGAAGAGAUGUAGGGAGAGAUGAGUGUCCAGGAAUAUAUAAUGGGAAUGGCUUAGGCUUAUAUCAUCCUGUAUCUCAGGUAGCUAAUGCAACUGAUCCAUAUCUGCAAAUGCAAUGGGCAGUUUUCGAACUAGCAGCUAGAGGGGCUUCUGCUUUUAGACCUUGGAAUACUGCAAGUACUUGCAAGCACAAAGAUAGCCCGUCAUUGGUGCCUGCAUAUCUUAGCCGAGGUCCACCUGUACUACAACAUCCAGAACGUGUGGUUCCUCUUUCUGAAUGCAAACGUUUUGAACCACACUUUCAACCGAAUGUAGCCUUAGCACCUAUACCUGCACCAUCAGUGCCUGUAGUACUUCCACCGUCUGCUCAUCAUCAGCGACGAUAUCAUCAUGAACAUAAACAUUACAAUCAUCACUUAUCAAGCCCUAAUGAGAAAAAAGAACCUCCAUCGGACAGUAUAAAACUUGAGAAAACAUCUCCUAGUUCUGACUCUAAUGUUGGCACAUAUUCUACAUUCCCUUCGUACACACCUGAAAACAACCAGAAAGAAUUGCCUCAGAAAACUAAGAAUGAGGUUGGUGAAGAAGAAGAGAGUAGUGCUGCGGUAACAUCUUCUACAGUAAACAUAGAACCACCUUCGGGUGAGAUUGGUACGACCGCGUUGGAAAGUGAUUCUGAUUCAGAAGGAACAACAACAAUAGAUUUAGAAGAAAGGCUGUUGGCUUUGGAAGUACCACAAGAUGUUUUGGAGCUAGCGCGACGUAUAGUUUCAGAGAAUGCACAAUUACGGCGUCAUCGACGUUCAGAUGCACGUGAAAUAUCUCGACUACGUAAUCAGUUGCAAAUGCAUCAACAACUACAAUCAUCUAAUGCUAGUGAUAAGAAGGAGGAACCAGCGAAUGCAAGCGCAGCAGAUAGUACAGAAGGUAGCGAAGAAACGGAAGCUAUAUUACCUUCGAAUAAUAAAGAGUCUGAAUCUGUUGUUCUAGCAGUUAGUAAAGAAUAA